UAUCACAGAUAAAUAAGACAACCUUAAACCUAGAUGACCAUAAGCUGCUAUUGGCAGCCUCUGAACCUGGGAGACUCCCGUGCCCGACUGACUGGAUUGGGUACCAGAAGAAAUGUUUCUACUUCUCAGAUAAAGAAGAAACCUGGUCUGCUAGUAAACACUUUUGCUCUCUGUACAAUGCCACGCUGGCCAUUAUUGAAAACGAAGAAAAGGAUUUUGUGCAGCGUUACAAAGGCAGCAUUUCCCACUGGAUUGGCCUCCACCGAGAGCCAGAGCAACCCUGGACAUGGGUCAACGGAAGUGUUUCCACGUGGGAGGUCCUCGGUGAUGGAGGGAACUGUGCCUACAUGAAUGACGAAGGCAAAGCAAGCUGUUCCAGGUGCAGCACCCACCAUCACUGGAUAUGCAGCAAGCCUGAUUGGUGA